AUGGAAGGACAGAACAAGAAGAUUGUGUGUGACCUCUACAAGGCAUUGGCCGCUCGUGACACCAAAAGUGUGCAUCGUCUCCUAGCUCCAGAUAUCGAUUGGUGGUUCCAUGGGCCACCCGCUCAUAAGUACAACCUUAUGCAGUUGCUCACUGGAAGUUGUGUUAUCGAGGACACUGACCCUUUUAAGGUUGUUGUUGUUGUUGAUCUUGGCUCGAUGGUGGUUGCAGAGGGCUACCACCUUUAUGACAACCGAAAAACCUGUUGGGUGCAUGCAUGGAGUGUGGAGAAUGGGAAGAUUAUAACACAAGUCAAGGAGUAUUUGAACACUUCUCUUACUGUUUUCUCUUACACAAAGUCUAGUAAUAUCUUUUUGGCUUCACCAAGAUCUCCUAAAUGUAAGAACGUGUGGCAGAGCAAACUUGCGGACAAUGCUUCAGUUCCUCAUCUUCUUCUAGUUCUCUAA